GCAGAAUUGCUUCUGUAACAAAGAUUCACUCCUAUUUAAAACGAUCGUGUACCUAAAAUUUCAACUUCUCAUGAAUUUCUCUUGAAGUAAUAGGACUAAAAUGCGAAGAUAUAUAAUUUCAAUUUACUGUUUCCUGGAGUGCAUUAUUUUACGACAAAACACUAUUGCCCAGGUACACGUGACGGCAGCAGGACAAUGUCUCGUGGCAGACCGACAUAUCGUUCAGAUCUUAAAGCCAAUAGGACAAAAACAGUGUGUCAGAAAAUGUCUUCAGAAUCGCCAAUGUCAAUCUGUAAACUAUAAACGACAACAACUACUUUGUGAGAUCAUCCUAGCAAAAUAUGGGGACGAGGGGAUUUCUCUUGUGACGAAUGCUGAAUGUGAUUACAUAGAAAUGGAUUCCCAGGAAAUGGGCCUUGGAUCGGUUUGUAUUUCAUCAUCUUGUGAUGGUGAGUGUGUGCUUCUUAGCAGUGGCGAAUCUUUCUGCAACAAACAACAUUACUAUGUUUGUCCGAACAAUUAUAUUUGGAUCAAGGAGCACCUUCUCUGCUUUUCUGCACAUUACACUGCCCUUAGCUGGCAGGGGGCUGAGUCCUACUGUCAGUCACUUAGUAACAGGACACGUCUAGCUGUGUUGGAUACUUGGGAAAAGAUACAAGCAGUUACAGAAAACGUUAAUUCAUAUGACUUCUUCUGGCUCGGCGCAUCAUUCAACCUCCCUGGAACGCCUUCGUACGGGAAGGACUCCUUUUACUGGAAUACUGGCAAACAAGUUGAUCCCACCAUGAUUUCCUAUCAUGAAGAAGGCCAAUGCCUAGAGCUGGAUACCUGGGAAGAUCCUGUAAUGAUAGGGUCAUAUAUUUGUUCUGAAUUUAAUAAUCCCCUAUGUGAAUUUGUUCUGUAACUCUCUAUUGUGUCCAUUAUGAGAUCAGUUUGAUGUAAGCAUUCUUGCAAUUAAAAUAAACUCUAUGUAUAAUAAAAUAGCCUUGUUUGUAAGUACAGACUGUACUUUGGUGAAGUGAUGACUUACGUCUUACAAAUAGUUUCUCCAUUAAUAUACUGACUCUCAUACUGAAUCGAUAAUCGAUCUUUUUCAUUUUCCCGAUUAUGACAAAGAGUACACGGUGGAUGGGACCC